UUAUUAAUCUCAGCUGCCUUUCACUUUAUACACGCAGUCGAGAAAUUGCCCCUCAUGGCCAAACAUAGACACGUACCGCACUGAGAGGAACAUUAAUAUUAAACAAUGAGGCUGUAUGGACUUUUUCUGACGUUGUCUCUGUCGUCCGCGGUGAACAUUUUGACAUCCCCGCCGUUAAACUGCACCCAACAGGGUUUGAGAUGCACAGUCAGUUCAAGUAACUGCCUAGAUAAAGGAUGGCUGAAAGUGAAAGACUACACUCCCAGCAGUCCAGAGGGGCUGAAGGUGACUGUGACAACCAAGGAAGAUGAGGCAGGACAGCUGCAGCCUGUACUCGCUGUUAACUGGAACAUGAAGGAUGAUGGCAGUAUCCGCUACCUGAAUGCCACUGAACUUCAUCUUGUUGUCUUAGCCACCAAUGAGCACCUGUGUGUCCGAUAUUCCUUUAAAGACAAACUCCCAAUGAGAAAUUCAUUUGGCAACAAGUGGUCGUUUUCAGCAAACAUGCUAGUGUUGGACCCAGGACACAUGUAUCGAGUUUCUGUCUUCAACAUCCCCAAACCAGAAAUGUUCCACAGCAACUAUGACAUCAGCACUCAGGUCCAUGUUCCUGGUUGUGAAGACUCAGUGAUGAAAAUGACCCAGUUUUGCAUAGAGAGAGGAAGUCUUUGGCAGUCUAACAUCAGUGUGGCAGCCAAAGAAAGACCUGCACUGACCGUCCGCUUCAGGCCUGACCCACUGUGUGAAGAGUACAUAGUUAUUGUUACUUGUGAAUCCAUCCAACAAGUUGAACAUGUGUUUAAGGCCAACCAGACGGACUUAAACAGAACAUUCAGCCUUAAUAAAUGGCCCAGAUCCUGCUGCCAUUUUGACGUUGAGGUAAAACCAAUUUUCCAAAAAUGUGGCCAAGACUGUGCCCGUCACAAGAAAACCCUGCUAAUUUGUCCAGCUGUGCCAACUGAUGCCCAAGUUGCUCCUCAAUACACACCUGUUAUUGUGAGUGUGGUGCUCCUAUGUGCUGGGAUCCUGUCUGUUUAUAUGUGCAUCCUCCGCCGAAAACCAGGCAAACCUUGUGAUCCUUUCACUCCUGAUGAAAUUAAAAUACCAGAACCACCACCAAAAAUCCAACAAACCCCUAAAGUUCUGGUGAUCUACUCCCAAGACCACCGUCUAUACAGGGACAUAGUGUUAAAGCUCUGUGCCUUCCUCCAGGCCAAGUGUGGCGCCAAGGUGCUGAUAGAUCUUCUCGACACCAACUUUUUAAGCAUGAUUGGGCGCCUCCCGUGGCUGGAGUGGCAGCGACAGCAGCUGAAAUACCCCACUGAUAAGAUCUUAGUACUCUGCUCGCCGGGUGUUCAGGCAAAGUGGAGGGCCAUGUGUGGUCACAGCCGGGUCACGCUGAAGGAGGACCUUAACUCAACGAUGGAUGACAUGCUCACCCCCUUUCUGAACCUCUUCCUGCCCAACAUGCACCAAGCGCGCAUGCAUGGGAUGUACAUGGUGGCUUACUUCAGCGACAUCAGCAAUGAGCAGGAUGUACCUUCGAUCUUUGACAUCGCUGUGAAGUACAAACUGAUGAGAGACUUUGAAGAGCUCUUUUUUGGUAUCCUGGACAUGGAGAAGUACCAGCCGGAUCUGGUCCACUACAUCGAAGGCAUCGGCGGGGAUGAAUACUUCAAGUGCCCAUCGGGCCUGGCCCUGAAGAACGCCAUUAAAACCUUCCAGGCCUACCAGUUAAAACAUCCUGACUGGUUCGAGAGGGAGUGUGUUCACAGUGAAGAAGAACUUGGUACCGAAGCCAGUCGUCUUAUUGAGCAGCAGCAUGGCCCUCCGAUUCUAGAGUGUCUUCCUCUCAUCAGGGAUGGACCUUCUGUCUCUGUGUGUGAGGCACAAAUAAGAGAGAAUGAUGGCAGUGUUAAAGUCUUAACGCCGGAACUUAACACAAAGAGCCAGCUUCUAUCAGUGGCAGAACUUAUACCGGAAGUAAACCCUGUUUACAAAUCUCUGAAGUUGAGUUUUGCACAUCCGCCAGUUCUUCUCGCUGAGCCUGUUUCAUCAGGACAGAAGUGUCUGUCAUCUGCAGCUAAACACCAAAGCCAGGUUCCAGUUGAGAUUGGAGAAGAGUGGCCGAGUGGCUCAAGGACCCUGAAUUCCCAAGAUUUAACCCCACCUUGUUCGAGCACAGGGAGUCCCCCUCCAAACCCAAUCAACAAGUGUGAGGAUAAGAUUGUGGAGCCAAACAGUGGCUCUGAUCAAGGCUACAUCUCCAAAGUGCCUUCGCUGCUCGGAACGUCUUGUAAGGAAGAUCCACUGGUGGCUCUGGCAAGGCUGCAAGAGGAACUGUUUCUGCAAACUAUGAAUAGCUCUGAGUUGGGUCCAUAGGGAUGUAUGACUGAUUUACUAUAAUAAUUUGUUUAGUCAUUCAACCUCUCUCACCCAGAGAACCAUUUAUCUCCAACGAUCGACUGCUGAUUUGGUAUGUUUACUCUUUUUAUAAAUAUAUUUGUAUUUGACUUAGAGAAACAAGUAUUUGAUGCCAUACAAACUGGUUAGCAUUUUGAUCCUCACAAACACAAAUUAUUCCUGUCCCUUUAAGAAAGUAUUCGUAAUGUCAAUUGAUAAUAUGGAUAAAAGACACCGUACAUUCAACCCUCUCUCAAGACAAGAGCUGUAGACCUGCACAUGACUGGAGUACGCUACACAACUGCUAUUUACAAGUUUGGCAAGAAAGAGACCACUUCCACAAACAUUUUGCAAUGGUAUCAAUCACCCUCUCAUGCAAGAUUUCAACUUGUGUGGUAAGAAUUAUUGUGAUUCUAAAUCUGCUUUUAUUUUUAUUCCUGAUCAAAUCUGCCAUUUGGGCCUUAACUUAUACGUCUGUCAUACUUGCCAACCCUCCCGAAUUUUCCGGGAGACUCCCGAAUUUCAGCGCCUCUCCCGAAAACCUCCCGGGACUAAUAUUCUCCCGAAAAUCUCCCGAUUUACAGCCGGAGCUGGAGGCCACGCCCCCUCCAGCUCCAUGCGGACCUGAGUGACGAGUCGACAGCCUGUUUUCACGUCCGCUUUCCCACGAUAUAAACAGCGUGCCUGCCCAAUCACGUUAUAACAUCUACGGCUUUUAGAGAGUGCACAACUGCGCACACAACAAGGAGACAAAGCAGAAGAACGAGGAAGAUACAGCCAUGGCGACGCCGACGACGAGUAAGAUGAAGAAAUACGCUUGUAAGUUCCAAAACAAGAAUUUCGGUUUUUCCAGGACAGUUCGAAGGGGAAGAGGUAUGCUGCCUGUAAAUUUUGUAGAACAGACUUCUCCAUUGAACACGGUGGCCGGACGGAUAUACUCACUCAUGAACGGUCAGCGAAGCACAAGGUGGCGGCAGCGCAGCACAGCCCAGUAUCAUGGGCUACCUCGCUAAAUGGAGUUCCGAGGGUGUAACUUAUGCCGAGACAAAGAUGGCUAUGCUGAUAGCUGGAAGCAACAUCCCGUUCUCAUUUGCGGAUGUCUUCAACAAAUCCAUGAAGGAUAUGUUCCCGGAUUCAGAGAUCGUGCGCCAGUACGCAAAUGGCAGAACAAAAGCUACUAAAAUAGUGAAAGGUUAGUGUUGUUUUUGUUUUUUUAGUAAGCAGCAAGAUGUGCUUCUGGCUGCAAAGCAUUGCACUUUCAAGUACAACAAUGAGUAGAUGAGUGUUAUGUGUGUGUAUAUGUGUAAAUGAACACUGAAAUUCAAGAAUUU